GUCAACACCAACGAUAUCUGACAAUCCUCCCCACAGCAAGAUAUCAGCGACAUGCCUCCCAAAGGGAAGAAAGGUGCGACGAAAGACAACAAAGGCGGCGAGGAGAAGCGCGAGGAACCUUUGCAAGCUGUCGUCUUCGCGGACUCUUUCGAAACCAGAUUUAAUCCCUUCACACUCGAGCGGCCGAGAUGCCUCCUUCCACUGGCCAACACGCCCUUGAUUGAGUAUACGCUCGAGUUCCUAGCUGGUGCCGGUGUGGAAGAGGUCUAUCUGUACUGCGGCAAUCACACUGAUGCGGUGGAAGAGUAUCUUAGCCACUCAAAAUGGGUCAAAGACACCUCGCCUUUCGCCCUUGAAGUCAUCAAGUCGGCAUCAAGAUCUGUAGGCGACUGCAUGAGAGACCUGGACGCGAAGCAACUGAUUGUCGGUGAUUUUAUCGCCGUAUACGCUGAUGUCGUUGCCAACAUCUCACUUGAUACAGCACUGGCUGCUCACAAAGCUCGACGCGAGAAAGACAAGAAAGCUCUCAUGACCAUGGUGCUCCGUGAAGCUGGAGGCUCACAUAGGACGAAGUCUCAGCAGCAGCGACGCAUCUUUGUCAUUGACCCGAACUCACAUCGCUGCGUGCACUAUGAACAGCUGAGGCCCGGACAGAGCACUAUGGUGGAAAUUCCAGGCGAGGUUUUCAAAGACCACGAUGAGAUUGACGUGCACGAAGAUCUUAUUGAUUGCGGCAUUGAUAUUUGCACACCGGAAGUACUGGCCCAAUAUACAGACAAUUUCGACUGGCAACUCCCGAGGCGCGGCUUCCUGCAUGGCACUCUGAAGGACUUCGAAACUUUCCAAUACACUGUACACACGCACAUUGCUCGCGAGGGGUACGCAGCUAGGGUUCUCAAUCUGAGGUCAUUCGAUUCUAUCAGCAAGGAUGUCAUCUCCCGAUGGAGCUACCCUCUGACGCCCGAUACAAACAUGGUCGCCGGCCAGUCAUUUCAACUCUACAAAGGCAACGUCUAUCGCGAGGAGGGCGUCCAGUUGGCACGAUCCAGUCGAGUAAAUCGGAGAGUGAUCCUUGGGAAAGCAACUAGCGUUGGGGAUGGCACCGUCAUCACGAACAGUGUAAUUGGCAGGCGGUGCGUGAUCGGAGCACGGGCAAAGAUCGAUGGAGCAUACAUCUGGGAUGACGCUAAGAUUGGCGACGAUGCGGUGAUAGGCAAUGCUGUUAUUGCUAACGACGCAGUUAUCGGCAACGGCUGUACAAUCGAGAACGGCGCACUGAUCUCGUAUGGUGUCAAGGUGUCCGAUGGAGUGACAGUAAGCGGGAAACAGCGAAUAUCUCGACUGAAGCGAAAGCGAGGGUACGAGCACGAUGAGAUCGUGGAGGUGGCUGCUGACCCCAAAGUGGUUGGUCCCGAAGGCGAAGGCUUCCAUUUGGAACUGGACGAUGAUGAAGAGGAAGCUUUGGACAGCCUACUUUCCGGCCUACAAGACGUCGACCUCAUAGUCGAAGAUGAUGCGAUCAGCAACCUCGACUCUGAAGAAGACGACGAUGAGGACAUGGAAGUGCACCACACUAGGCGAGACACGGGCCGAAGUGAUAGCUUCGCAUCAGCCGGCUCCGAAGAAGACGGCGAGUCGAGGCAGAAGGCGAAGGACUUCCACCAAGAAGCAGUGAACUCGAUGGUCGAUGAUAUGGCGAAGGGCAACACACCUGACGACAUCAAGACCGAGUUCAAGGCGCUCAUUCUUGGAGUCAAUGCAGAGGAUCAACAGAUUGUGCGGGUCACAGCGACUGCCUUCUCGAAACGCGCAGCACAGAUUGUGGACAGUGGAAGGUCGCCAAAGGAGGCAGUCGACGAGCUCAUUCCUGCAUACAAGGAGAUCAUCACUGCCUACGUUGCUUCGGAAGAGGAGCAAGCAUCCUGGUUGCUCUACCUUCAAACGGAUCUGGUACACCGUGGUCAAGGCGACAAGAUUUUGCUAUUCCUGUCCAAUGCUUUGGCCCAUCAGGAUAUCAUUGAGCCAGAAGGGUUUGAAAAGUGGUGGAAUGAUGCAAGGAGCUCAGCUUCAGCUGAAUUGGUGGCUGUUCGCAAAGACACGGAGAAAUUGGUGGAGGUUUUGUGUGCUAGCGACGACGAAGAUAGCGAGGAGGAGGACAGUGAUGAGGACUAGACGUUACCAGACAAUAUGUACGAAUGACCAUAAGCGGGUGAUCCUCCACGCCAC